GUGUAUACAGUUUAUUUAACAUAGACUUUUUUGGUGCUAAUGAAGAAUCCCCUAACUUAUGACCCCCUAUAACAACCACUGACCCCAAACUACCAACCUCUAACAUUUCCUACGAGCCUAAUAUGUAACGUACUGCCUCCACUUUUUUUACCUGAAAGCGUGUUUCAAUAACUGUUGUUUUGUUGCUAUGUCCUGUUUUUGCUAUUGAAAAGACAAAGAAAGUUAUUAUUUUUGCAAAGUCUUCAGAUAUAUACUGGAACAUUUGAAAUUCUAGUUGUGUGACACUUCUGUGUAGAUUUUGUAGUAAACUGCACUGGAGUAUAUAAGAUGACACAGUCUGUGGCUCAGUUAAAAGCUGAGUUAAAGCAUGUUUCCCUGUUAUUUCCAAGAUCUCAUGAAACAUUUCAGGUUGUUCACUCCAGUGCUGAUGAACUAUGUUGUCAUUUUAUUACUGGGCCAUCUAUUAAACACAUAAUAAAUUGCACCAUAUCGGAAGCAUAUCCAACUGCCAGGCCGAUGUGGUAUUCAGAAUCUGAAGAUAAAAUUGUGAUGAAGGUGUUGGAAGAUUUGUCGGAACAUGAUUUUGAUUCUCUUACACCGCUGCCAAAAAUGAUUGGCUUUCUUGUUUCAAACCUGUGCAAAGGAUUCAACAUGAAUUUACCUCGUCAGUUGUUGGAUCUUGACAAGAAACCUGAACCAGUGGAAAUGGACCUUCAGUCGGUUUCAAGCUCCGAUGAGGAAGAUGAUGAUGAUGAUGAUGAUGUUUUACAAGAAGAUGUUGCGGCUGAAACAGCAAAAGCUGAGAAGGAAAACAGCGACAUUUCUACUGAGAAUCUCGCUAUACUUGAUAAAAUACGACAAACACAAAGGAAAGAUUACAUCGAUGGCCGAAUAUCUGGUUCCGUUCAAGCAUCUGAUAGAUUACUCAAAGAAUUGAAAGCAAUUUACCGGUCAGAAAGUUUCAAGCAAGGUUGUUACAACGUUGAACUUGUGAAUGAUAGUUUGUAUGAAUGGCAUGUACAAAUACUCAAAGUAGACCCUGAUAGCCACCUGCAUGCUGAUUUAAAGGAAUUGAAAGCUAACGGGGGCCAAGCCUCGAUAAUCAUGGGUGUUUCAUUCAGAGACAACUUUCCGUUUGACCCUCCCUUUGUAAGAGUGGUGUGUCCUGUUUUAACUGGAGGGUUUGUACUUGGGGGUGGGGCAAUAUGUAUGGAACUAUUGACCAAACAGGGUUGGAGCAGCGCUUAUUCAAUUGAGUCACUUAUUAUGCAAAUAAUGGCAACUCUAGUCAAGGGCAAAGCUAGAAUUCAAUUCGGGGCAUCAUCUUCGACAUACAGUCUAUCAAGAGCUCAACAAUCCUUCCAAAGAUUGGUUCAAAUCCACGAAAAGAACGGCUGGUUCACCCCACCACCACAAGAUGGUUGACCGAGCUACGCAUCAUGAACUGUAUGAGCUUGAGCUGGCCAGUAGCACCAGGACGGAGAAAACUUUAGGAGGGUCAAAUCUGGCAUGGUGUCUUAAUACAACCACAUAUAAAAGCAAUAAUUUAUGAAGAACAAUCAGGUGAAAUCGAAAACAAAUGUGCUAACCAAAGGGUAGUAUAAUAUGUACAUUGUUCUUAAUUCUAAUUACUAGCAUGUAUCAACGUAUAGCGAGUGAUUCACUAAUAUAGGAAACCUGGAUUUUUUGUUUUUUUGAACUCAAUGCAUUCUAAAUGUAAGUUCUGCCUGCCUUGCUGUUGGCAAAGCGCAACAAGCAUAUAUAGUGCCCUUUAACUGACCUUCUUCGUUUUUCUACACUGUUUUAUUUUACUUUUGAGCCGAAACGUUGGACACGAGCCAAAGAAAGAUAUAGUGACGUGAUAACUCCUAUUAUAUUAAAGCCCGGUUUAGUUCAAAGUAGCAGUUUAAAUCUUAACAGUGUGCAAUACAUAGCAUCAAACUUUCUCACACAAUAUGUAUAAAUCGGUCAGUAAUUUUAUCUGGUUCGCAAUAAAUGUGUUUUAAACUUU